ACCAUUUUGCUCAAACUUCCUCUCUUUUCUUUAACCAAAUACAUUUUUUUCUCAUAUAUCCAUAAACUUCUUUCCAAAACCCAUCUUCUCAAAAUUUCUAAACAUGGUGGUUUUGUAUUCCAAACCAGCUAUAGAACAGUUUCCUUUCGUUAGAACCUGCAAAUCCACAAAAUUUUUCCCUGGAAUCCCUCUGAUUGACCUUUCAAAUCCUGAUUCCAAACACCAAAUUGUUAAAGCCUGUGAAGAAUUUGGGUUUUUCAAGGUAAUCAACCAUGGUGUCCCAAUGGAUUUUAUUACCAAAUUGGAAACUGAAGCUGUAAAAUUCUUCUCAUUGCCACUUCCUGAAAAAGAAAAAGCAGGUCCUCCAAACCCUUUUGGAUAUGGAAACAAACAGAUUGGAAGGAAAGGUGAUAUUGGUUGGGUGGAAUAUCUUAUGCUAACAACCAAUCAGGAAUUCAAUUCUGAAUUGCUUCAAUCACUUCUUGGUGGAAACAAAGAGAAACUUCGUUUUGCUUUGGAUGAUUAUAUAUUAUCAGUGAGGAAAAUGGGAUGUGAGAUUCUGGAAUUGAUGGCAGAAGGCUUGAAGAUUCAAGAGAGGAAUGUGUUCAGUAAGCUUUUGAUGGAUGAACAGAGUGACUCUGUUUUCAGGCUGAAUCACUAUCCACCAUGUCCAGAGCUUCAAGCUUUGAGUGAUAAAAAUUUGAUUGGAUUUGGAGAGCACACUGACCCACAAAUCAUUUCGGUUCUAAGAUCCAAUAACACUUCUGGUCUCCAAAUUUCUGUGAGGGAUGGGAGUUGGAUUUCUGUUCCACCUGAUCAGGAUUCAUUUUUUAUCAAUGUUGGUGACUCUUUACAGGUAAUGACUAAUGGGAGGUUUCAAAGUGUUAAGCAUAGGGUUUUGGCAAAUGGCUUCAAAUCUAGAGUGUCAAUGAUUUUCUUUGGAGGACCACCUUUGAGUGAGAAAAUAGCUCCAUUGGCUUGUCUUAUGAAAGAUGAUCAAGAAAGUUUGUAUAAAGAGUUUACAUGGUUCGAGUACAAAAACACUGUUUACAAUUUAAGCUUAUCUGACAACAGGCUUGGACACUUUAAGAAAAUAGCAGCCUCAUAAUGUACAUAAAUAAUUUCAAAAAAAAAAAAAAAAAAAAAAAACUCUCUGAUCUUCGUUAGGGUUAUAUUGCGUUUUUUUUACCUUUUUUUUUUUUUUUCUUCAAAUACUUGGAAAAAUAGGUUUUAGAUAGUAUCAAAUUUCCAUAGAUGGAAUACUAGGUCAUGUUUUUUUUUUUUUUUUUUUUUUUUUUUUAACUGUCUCACCCUUUUGUUUUCGUCCAGCAAGCUCCAUGUAACUACGUAAUCUCUUCUCUUUGCAUGUCAAUAAUAAUAUUACCAGUUGUAUUUCA